CUGAGAUCGAGGUGAGCAAUUCUUAAAAAAGGACUUCACCAAAUGACCAGUAUGAAUGUCAACUUUCCAUAACAUACGGUGCCGACACAAGUUGAAUAUCAGUGGAUGGUGAUGAUUUUAUAACAAAGGAGCUAACAAGCUAUAGCACGCGGAUUGACCGUAAAAUUAAUACCAAACGGCAUCUAACGUCGCAAUCAUAACGAAAGAGAACCCACUCAUCACGGUUGCAUGACUGUAGUGUAAACCUCGCUGAGCGCUUCAAUGAUUGCCAGUCCAAAGUGUGAAACAUAAUAGUUAGUACUUGGGAAGAUAUUGGUAAGGUGUGUGAUGAUUGAUCUUACCAACUUGGCGUGUGUUCCGAACUCCGCUAAAUCGUACACUAGAUAAGGUGUAGAUUGUCUCCUGUCGUCAACCAAAGUGUUUCAUCGACUUGUUACCUAUUUGCUCCUUCUACUACCAAGCUCGCUCAUGGCAUCCCCCAAGAUCUCCGUCGGUGACACCAUUCCCAAGGGCACCUUCGGUACCGUCCCUUUCACCGAAGAUCUAGCUGAUCAUUCAGCAUGUGGUAUUCCUAUUGAGCUCUCGACUGACAGUUGGAAGGGCAAGAAGGUCGUGCUCUUCUCAGUGCCUGGUGCUUUCACCCCAACUUGUCACAUCAACCACCUCCCGCCUUACAUUGCCAACUACGACAAGUUCAAAGCCAAGGGUGUCGACGUCAUCGCUGUCGUCGCUGCUAAUGAUCCGUUCGUUCUGAGCGGAUGGGGACGUGUUGAGGGACUGACAGACAAGAUAAUCACCCUCUCUGACCCCAACGCCGCGUGGUCAGGUAGCCUUGGAUUAAGUGUCGACCUCUCCUCGCGCAAAUUUGGAAUCCGUACUGCACGAUACGCCAUGAUCAUAGACGACUUGGUCGUCAAAUACGUCGAGGUCGAGCCUGGCCUCGGAGUGACUGUUUCUGGUGCUGACGCCGUAUUGGCCAAGCUGUGAUCGAGGGUAUCGUUUUGUUUUUGUUUGCGUACUUCAAGUUUUGGUGAAACUGUCUCAUCGAAAUGAGCAGA